AUGUUUUCAUUCUACAUACGACUUGUUUUUCUUCUUCUCCUAAUUUCAUACAACUCUGUAUCUGGAUUAUCAAAAGUUUUAUUAUGUCAAUGUGAAUGUUGUCCAGGUGAACAAUGUCAAUCUCAAUUAUUCAUAUUUUCUGUUGAUAAAUGUAAUGAAACAACAUGUUCUUUUGAACGAUGUUAUCAAAUGUAUCCAAAAAUAUGUGGUCUUAUACCUGGCAUUACUAAUACAUCAUGUAUUAUUGUGAAUGAAACUACAACUACUGUACUUUCAAGUACUAUUUCGUUCUUGACGAAUGUUACAUCAUGUAAUGUUAUUCUACCAAUAACAAUUAUUAUGAAUCUUCUAUUCUUUUGUGUUUUUAAACAUUGUUAA